AUCCAGCGCCCUCUUCUCUCCCCCGGUUACCGAACAUGACACAACGUCUGCCGGUAUAAAAACCUAGUGCCACUCCUACCGAGGCUCCACUCGCGCGUCUGGAGACCACUCCGCGGUGCUCUGCAGCCAAUACAGGGAGGAGGCUGCUGCUGGUGCCCGUGCGCGCGCGUGUGUGUACCGGGGAGACGAAAGGAUGGCCGCCUUAGUCCAAUGUGCAGAAAUGGAGACUUUAACCGUGCGGAGCAAGUCGGCCACGUCUCCCACGUCCUCCAGCCCCGCGCAGCACUUCAACGACGGCAAGUUCUACCUGCUGGUGGUCAUCGGGGAGAUCCUCGCGGAGGAACACCUCAAGUGUGCCAUCGCGGACAUAGAGAAAGGGAUCCGCUCAUGGGACGCCAACCUGAUGGACUGCAACCUGGACCAGGAGCUCAAGCUGUUUGUCUCCAGGCACUCGGCCCGCUUCUCUGCAGAUGUCCGAGGGCAGAGAAUUCUUCACCAUAAGAGUAAUGUCCUGGAGACGGUGGUGCUCAUCAACCCUUCAGAUGAAGCCGUCAGCACCGAGGCCCGGUUGAUGGUCUCAGACACUGCCAGGCACAAGCUUCUGGUUCUCUCGGGGCAAUGCUCUGAAAUCAGCGGGGAACUGAUUCUCCAGUCCGGAUCGUUCUCUUUCUUCAACUUCAUAGACAUUUUCACCGACCAAGAGAUUGGUGAAUUGCUCAGCACCAUUCACCCGGGAAACAAAGCCAACCUCACACUGUCCUGCCCUGAACAAGGCGAAUGGAAAAACUCCAACUUGGACAAACACAACCUGCAGGACUUCAUUUACAUGAAACUGAACUCCACCCCCAUUCUCCCUGAAAUGGAGGGCCUCUCAGAGUUCACAGAGUAUUUGUCUGAAUCAGUAGAGAUCCCAUCUCCCUUUGACAUGUUAGAACCGCCAACCUCGGGUGGAUUCCUGAAACUCUCAAAACCGUGCUGUUACAUUUUCCCCGCCGGUAGCGGCGACUCCGCCCUCUUUGCGGUCAACGGCUUCAACAUGCUCAUUAAUGGAGGCUCGGACCGGAAGUCGUGCUUUUGGAAGCUGGUGAGGCAUCUGGAUCGCGUGGACUCCGUCCUCCUGACCCACAUCGGUGACGACAACCUGCCGGGCAUCAACAGCAUGCUGCAGAGGAAGGUCGCAGAGCUCGAGGAGGAGCAGUCACAAGGUUCCACAGCUAACAGCGACUGGGUGAAGAACAUGAUUUCUCCAGAUAUCGGCCUUGUGUUUGUGAACCUUCCUGAGAACCUGGAUAACCCUGAACCUAACUACCGAGUGCGGAGGAAUGUUGAGGAGGCAGCGUUCACUCAGCAGUUCCUCACCAAGCUGAAUUUGAGGUUAGAGCCUUUGCAAAGGCCUGUUGGAAACAUGAUUGAACCGCUCAUACUUUUUCAGAAAAUGGGGGUUGGGAAGCUCGAGAUGUAUGUGCUCAAUCCAUCAAGGAACAGCAAGGAGAUGCAGCACUUUAUGAAGCAGUGGACAGGAAGUGAAAAAGACACAGCCUCCAUUCUGCUGCCAAAUGGGAAGGAAUCUGAGUUCCCCGUCUCUUACUUGACUUCAAUCUCUUCGCUCAUUGUGUGGCACCCUGCAAAUCCCUUAGAUAAGGUUGUGCGUGUUCUCUUUCCUGGAAAUACCACCCAGCAUCAAGUCUUCGAAGGUUUAGAGAAGAUAAAGCACUUGGACUUCCUGAAACAGCCAGUCGUCACUCAGAAAGCGAUGUCUUCUAAUAUGCCGACGACACCGACCCUUAAGCAAGCUAAGAUGAAACACAGAACGGACAGUAGAGAGAGCCUAAAGUCUACCCCAAAGCCGUCACCGAGCAAAAGCAUCAGGAAGGAUUCAAAGGAGGAAGAAAAGGCAAAAGCAGAUGCGGAAUCAUCUCAUGAAAAAACACAGAAGAUUGAGAAAAAAGAAAAGGUCCUCCUGAAAAAGGACAAGGCGAAGGCACCCGAAAAAGAAUCGAAAGCAAAGCCAGAGCAAGCAGCUCAAAAUGAAACUCCAGAAAAAAAGAAGUUUGACUUAAAACCCAAAAAGGAGGCCAACGUUUCUGUGGAGAAGAAAAAGGAAGUUAAAAGAGAAGUAGCAAAGAAAGAUGAUACACCCAAACACGCCAUUAAAAAGGAUGAAAAAGUCAAAAGAGAGGAGGCAAAGAAAGUUAUGAAAAAGGAUAUCAGAAGAGACUCCCCAAUGAAGGAGAAGAGGGAAGAAAAGAAAGAGCAAAAGAAAGAUGUCAAAAGGCCUUUUAAAGACAUGAAGAAGACUGUGGGUGAAGAAAAGAGUCUAGCACCAAAACCAAAGCCCCUGAAAAAAGACAAUGCUUCAAAGAAAGACGCAGGAAUCGCAUCAAAGUUAAAAGAAAAAGGAAAGCCAAAGGUGACAAAGAAGGAGCCAAAGGUGGACAGUGGCAAGCUCGCAGCAAGUGCAGCUGCUAUUGUAGAGGAUCCAGAAGUAGUACGAUCCCUGAUGUCCACACCGGAGGACCUCACUAAGGACUUUGAGGUGCUUAGAACUGAAGAUUUGGUGGAGGAUGAUGCAACUGUGCCACAAAUUAAAGAAGAAGAGGCUGUGAUGAUCCACAGUGAAGAAAUAAUACAAACCAAAGAAUCAUCUGAGCCAUUAGAGUCGGUGGAUGAGGGCAUAACCACCACGGAGGUUGAAGGAGACGAUCGAGAGACUCCAGAAGAACAAGUCCUGAAAGGAAAAUUCAACGUCAGUGGAGGUGAGAAGUUUGAAGAUGAAGGUACUGUCAUGGAGGAGACAUCCGAGGGAGGAGAAUAUGAAGAGAAGGGAGAGAUAGAAGAAGUUUAUGAACCGCAGAGAGUGGAACAAGAUGAAGAUAAGAUUAUUCCCAGUGAAGAUGAACACCAAGACAGGAAUAAUGACGUCAAACCAGAAGCUGGUGUGUUAGACAACGAGGAUGCAACUAAUAAAAAUGUAGAAGGUCAGAAUGAAAGUGUGGAAGAAAACAACAAACACGAUCUAUUUGUAUCAGCCUCACCAAAAGUGUCCUCACCUGUUUCUCCAGCUGCAUCUAUCCAUGACGAAAUGCUUCCUGUUGGCUUUGAGAGCUCAACAACCUCGGAUAACGAGAACAGAGAUGAACUCCCUGAGGAUUACACCGCCACCUCUGGCCACACUCAGUCCACCAUUGAAAUCUCCAGUGUGCCUACUCCCAUGGAUGAGAUGUUGACUCCUAGGGACGUUAUGAGUGACGAAAACAGCAACGAUGAGUCUCCUUCACCGGACGUGGGCAGGUUUGGGACAUCAGCAUCUGGAGAGUUUGACAGGAAGAAGCUGUCUCCACUUCCGAAUAUGCAAGGGACAGAUCACUCGCAGAGUGAUGCCACAGAAGGCCGGGACUACAACCAUUCCGCUUCCACGAUAUCUCCCUCUUCAUCACUAGAAGAGGAUAGAUUCUGUAAGGGGUUUCCCUCUGCGGGGAACAAUGAAGGGUUUGCCACAGCUCAAGAGUCAUGUGAAGAUCACGACGCAGACACGGUUAGACUCGGUUCAACUUCCACAACUUCACCUCUUGUGCGUUCUCCUUCAGUGGACCGCAAGUUUGAUUCUCCAUCCCUGUUUGUUGCUCCGAUAGAACUGUCCACCACGCUGGCAGGGUGUGCCGGAGAGACGGCUAAUCCCUCCAUCAGCCCAGAUGACAAGACAUUGGAGGGAGCUAUCUCCCCUCAGUCCUCUGGUCACACACCUUACUAUCAGUCCCCAGUAGAUGAACGAGCGGGAGCUCUACCACCUGUGUCAGAAGAUGACGCACAGGGUCCAAUAAUUGUGGAGGUCACAAGUGACAAAGAGGAUUCCUCAAAUAGAGGUACUCCAGAGCCUAAGGAGCCAGAGCAAGAAAGUUCAUCCCCUGUAGAGAGGAUAAUGUCCUCUCCAAAAGGCUCACCUUCAACUGAACCCGAUUCCCCAACAAAGAUGGAAAAGUCACUCUUCAAUGUAGAACAGGGGGAAAAUGGAGAUUCAACCUUGUCCUCAGCACCAACUACAAAACAGGAAUCAGAAACUAAUCCUUUCACAGCUUUCAAAGAAGAGAGUAAAAUGUCCAUUUCAGAGGGUACCACAUCCGACAAGUCAGGGACCCCUCCGGAGGAGGUGGUAGCGGAAGAUACAUUUUCACAUUUAGCUUCGGCGUCCACCACCUCUCUGGCCACCAGCUCCUUGCCAGAACCCACCACUGACUCUCGCUCCCUUCAUGCUGAGGUAGGCUCCCCUCACUCAACAGAGGUAGAUGACUCUUUCUCUGUAUCUGUGGUUCAAACCUCAACCACCUUCCACGAAGCUGAGGGAUCUCCAUCCAAGGAAGAUAGCCCAAGGCCCAUGUCUAUCUCCCCAGACAUCUCACCAAAGACGAAAAGCAGAACACAGGACACAAAAUCCCCAGAGCACUCCACUAUGUCAAUCGAGUUUGGCCAGGAGUCCCCUGACCACUCCUUAGCCCUGGACUUUAGUAAGCAAUCUCCAGAGCAUCUGUCUGUGGGAAGUGGUUCACGUGCUACAGAGAAUGGCCCGACUGAGGUUGACUACAGCCCCUCAGAUGGAGCCAAUGGAAAACCAUCUGAAGACCAUAGUUCCACAGUGGAAAAGUCUUUUCUUUUUGAAGAGAGUGAUUCAGUGCUUGCCACUUCUGCAACCCCAUCAGAUGCAUCUCAGUCGACUCCCUCUGUUACAACCCCGUGCCAGAUGACAGAGAUGCUGCGUGCCAUGGCCGACCAGACAGACAAGUCUCCAGUCACUCCAAAGGCAUCCUCUCUCACCCAUUCUCCCCAUUCCAAUGAGCCAUCCCCAGUCCUAGGAGGCUCCCCGGCUAAGGAAUAUAGCAGCCCAAUUUCACCAUCUGUGGAGAGCUUUGCUAAUACAUCUGACACGCAACAGAAAUACGACAAGUCACCCUCACCUCCCAAAGUUGAUUCUCCUUCAUCGUCUUUCGCCUUUUCAAAUAAAGAGACCUUUUCUCCGGCGAAGGAGACUAAUCCCUUUAAAUGUGAAGAUUCUCCACUUGAGGUCAAAUCCCUUGUGAGCCCCAAAAUGCCCCUUCCGUCAUAUCUACCUCUCUCCUCUGAUCCCUGCAAUUAUAAUACUGCAUGUGGCUCCAGGGACCGAGACUUUUCCACUGAGAAGAGCCCCUCUGCUCCAUCUAAGACAGACGUCGACCUCUGUCUAGUCACUUCAUGUGAGUACCUCCACCCCAAGACCGAACUGUCCCCAUCUUUCAUCAACCCGAACCCUCUAGAAUACUUUAUCAAUGAGGAGAACGCCACGGAUGAAGAAAAGCCUCUGACCAAGUCCGGAGGAGGGCCCCCACCUCCAGGGGGUAAGCUUUCCGCCAAGCAGUGUGAGGAGACCCCGCCCACAUCCAUCAGUGAGUCCGCCCCCUCCCAGACAGAUUCAGAUGUCCCACCGGGGACAGAGGAGUGCCCCUCCAUUACAGCAGACGCUAACAUUGACUCUGAAGACGACUCCGAGACUCUGCCUACUGACAGAACGCUGACCUACAGGCAUGCCGAUCCUCCUCCGGUGACCCUCAGGGACUCUGCUCCAUCCUCAGGCCAUCCCGAUGUCUGCAUGGUGGACCCAGAGGCCCUUAAGGCCGAGGAAAACCUCCACAAUGCUAAUACGGAAGGAGGAGAAAAGCCCAAGAAGAAAAAGCUAUUGAAAAAGUCUUCCUCGCCAGCUAGGAAGACUGCUCUAUCGAAAGUGAAGGACACAAAGACUUUGUCUCCAAAGAAGAGUGUCGGAGAAGGGAAAGAUGCAAAAAAUGCAACCAAUACCUCUGCGUCUAAAGGUGUAAAAAGUGCCUCGUCAGGUACUGGCAGCGGUAAAGUGUCAGGUGGUGCAUCUCUGCCCAACUGUCCUCCUAUGUACAUGGAUCUGGUUUACAUCCCUAAUCACUGCAAUGCCAAGAAUGCGGAUGCCGAGUUCUUUAAGCGGGUGCGCUCUUCUUACUAUGUGGUCAGUGGCAACGACCCGACGGCUCAGGAGCCCAGUAGGGCUGUCCUCGAUGCUCUGCUUGAAGGAAAGGCCCAGUGGGGAAACAAUUUGCAGGUCACUCUGAUUCCAACCCACGACACUGACGUGAUGAGGGAGUGGUACCAGGAGACCCACGACAAGCAGCAGGAGCUCAACAUCAUGGUGCUGGCCAGCAGCAGCACUGUCGUCAUGCAGGAUGAGUCCUUCCCCGCUUGUAAGAUAGAGAUGUAGGAAGGGAACAAACCCAUGUAGCAUCAAACCCUAAACACUUAAACACUUAUAUUCUAAAAUGCUACUGCUUGUGUACUAAACCCUGAAAACGGAUAAUAUCUCCAAUGAGGACGAACACUUAUACAAAUUAGCUUUGAGGACAUCUAUGACAUCCUCAUGGGGAUUUUUUAGGAUUAAAUGGAUUGUGCUGGGAGGAAAUUAUAAUCCCCCCCCCCAAAAAAAACAUCCAAGUCAUUAUGGUCCAAAUUUAGAGCUAACUCAUACAGUUCAAAUAAUAAUGAUAUUGACGAGGUAUUGAGUUUUCCCCCGGAUCAGAAUACAUGGGAGGGUUUAAUCAAUUUAGCUGCUGUGAAGGAACUAAACAGCCGUGCGUAUGAUAUAUUCUUGAAUAACAGCUGUUAUCCACACCAAAGGAUGUUAUUGCCUUAGGGAGAGAGUCAAAGUGAAUGUAUAAGAACUGGUGCAGUAGGCAGGCGACUCCACACACUGGUGGUCAAUCCCAAAAAGGACUGUUACAUGGUCACAUAGCUGAAUGGCGGUGGAUCGGAAUUAACUUGAAAAGACACUUGACACUGAUUAGCAUUGAUGUGAUGUCUGACUAUGUUUUUUUAAGUUGGUUUUUAUUUGAUUUAUAGUGGAUGUUUUGAUUAUGGUUUAUGUUGCUGCUUAUGUAUGAAUACAAAUGUAUUAUGUUAAUUUAUUGUGCUUGAUUGUCCAGAUAGCCUUUUGCACUGCGCCACAGGAAGCUGCUUCAGGAUGCGCUCCCUCGCCUUUUGUCACAAUGCUUUUUAGAGGAUCGCCUUUUAUUUCAGAUUUCAGUCUGUUUUAUUUCGGGUUAUAUUCAAAAAGAGAACAAAUCUGAUCUUUUUCUUAUGCCUGUUUUUUUUUUAUGUAUUCAUUGAGCUAUGGGAGAGCUAGCCUUUCCCAUUGUAAAGCAGGAUAUUUUCAUAAACCUUAAAAUGUCUUGUUUUUCUAAAGCAUUGUACUAUAAUUAUAAAUAACUUGGUGGCUGAUGGGGUGGUUGGAAGACAUGCAUGAUGUGCUAAGAUUUGUUCUCUUUUUUUUUUUUUUACGAGGGUUUUUGCUCAAACUUGCAUUAAGAACAAUAGGGCUAGGCUAAAUUAAUUAAUGUAAGGAGCAUUUUAUGAUUUUUGCAAGUUGCGCCAUGACGUUGUACACCACAGUAACUCAAAUGGUGUACACGUGUGCAUUAUCAAUAUAACACUUGGCUUUGGGUGCGCUGCAGAGGCUUUUUAGGGUUGAAGCCUGAAAAACUUCUUGCGACAGAUGAGUUUGUCCUCUUUAGUCGGGAUGAACAGGUGACAGCUUCCAGUAGAGUCUUGAGAGGGGCGAGUCACCACAGGUGAGAGUGAGUGACUUGUGUGUUUUAGAUGAAAGUAUGUAAAACAAAAAAAAACUAGACACUUUAAACACAUACAUGACAGAAACCAAACUAACAGUACAGACGCCGCAGAUCAAGCCUUGACAGGCUUUUGGAGAGACACUUAACAAAUCACAACUCGAUGAUUACGGCUUUGGUACUUUGGGGCUCUUCUAUCAACUCGCCAAGCUCACCAGAUAUUUUCUGAAACGAUGUCCGGUAUUCGUGAUACCGCUAACGACCAGGUUUCCCGCAGGGGAACUCGAACCAACACCACGACCAACAACACACCUACAAUCUCUGAACUGACAUUUCUCUUGAAAACCGGCAUUUCUUCCUCUCUUUCUCUCUCUCUGUCUAUUUAUCUAUGCCUUUUUCUCCUUAUCUUUCUCUUGGGAGAACUUUAAUAAGGUGUGUCUGCAGCUGUGUGGUAUAUCUGUCUUGUGAUCUUGCAUCUUCUCUGCCCCCCCUAUACCCCUACUCAUAUGUAGCUUAUAGCAAUUAGUUUCAAUUGAAAUUAUUCCUUAGUGCUUUCUAUUGUGUGUGUGUGUGCAAUAUCUCCUCUACCCAUAUGGUGAAGCUGAUGUAAGAGGAACCACUACUAAAGAACAAACAUCUAAAACAAACACAUUAAAAUCUGGUGUG